CAGAGCUGCAAUCCUCCGGCCUUCCUAGAGGGGCGCGCUCGCCCCCACUUCCGGCGCUCGCGGUCCUAAGCCGUCCUGGUUCGGCUCUCGGGAAGGUCCCCACAGCCCGUGUAGCGAAGGGAGCUCCCUGAAGAAUUGAAAUUGAAAAGGAAUCUCUCAGAUACAGACCUCCUUCCCCUCCCUGCCUCAACCAGGGACCCUUUACAUACUAUCUUUGUCCAGAAUGUCAAGAGAGUCCAUCACCUUGGCCUGUCAUGCUACCAAAGAACAAGAAGGACUUAUAAUUGUGAAGGUUGAAGAAGAAAAUUAUGUUGGGGAGCAGGAAUUUGGCCUUUGGGGAAGUCCCCGUAGCCAAGAGAUCUUCCGUCAGCAGUUCAGACAGUUUGGCUACUCUGACUCUGCUGGGCCCCGUGAGGCGCUGAGCCAUCUCUGUCGCCUCUGCCAACAGUGGCUGAGGCCGGAGAUGCACUCCAAGGAGCAGAUCCUGGAGCUGCUGGUGCUGGAGCAGUUCCUGGCCAUCCUGCCUGAGGAGCUGCAGGCCUGGGUGCGAAAGCAUCGGCCAGAGAAUGGAGAGGAAGCUGUAACUGUGCUAGAGGAGCUGGAGAAGGAACUUGAUGAGCCAAGGCAACAGGACACAGCUCAUGACCAGGUAAUCUGGAAGGAAAUGACAUCCAUAGGAGCAUUGAAGUCUCUGAGUAGCCAGCUUCAGCCCUUGGAGAACCAGUGCAAGAGUGAGACUCAGGAGUUCCAGGCUCUCCACGAGAGAGGUAGCAAGAUGGUCAAAGUGUUGACAGCAAAGUCAGAAACUAUUGAAUGUGGAGCAUCAGCAGCCAUGAUAGCCCCAGGAAGACUCCCUAGGGAAACACCUUUAGGACACAAAGCUGGAGAAACUUUGGGAGGUCUGGACAAUUUUGAGGACCCAAAAGGAAAUGCUGCAAGAAAACAAACUGAGCAGCUCCCUUCCCAGGAAAGAUAUUUCAGUCUGGCUACCUUUAGCAAGAAAAGCCCUACAGAAAAGAGUGUUCUUGAAUGUGAUGAAAGUGAAGGAAGUCUCAGUCUGAACUCAAAUGUUAUUACCCGACAGAGAAUUCACAAUGGGGAAAAGUUCCAUGAAUGCUUUGAAUGUGGGAAAGCCUUCUGCCAGAGCUCAAAUCUGAUUAGACAUCAGAGAAUUCAUACUGGAGAGAGACCUUAUACAUGUAAAGAAUGUGACAAAGCCUUCAGUUUGAGCUCAGACCUUGUGAGACAUCAGAGAAUUCAUAGUGGUGAGAAACCCUAUGAAUGCUUUGACUGUGGGAAAGCCUUCUGCCAGAGCUCAAAGCUGAUUAGACAUCAGCGAAUUCAUAGUGGCGAGAGACCUUAUGCAUGUAAAGAAUGUGGCAAAGCCUUCAGUUUGAGCUCAGACCUUGUUAGACAUCAGAAAAUUCAUAGUGGUGAGAAACCCUAUGAAUGUUGUGAAUGUGGAAAAGCUUUCAGGGGCAGUUCAGAGCUCAUCAGGCAUUGGAGAAUUCACACUGGAGAGAAACCUUAUGAAUGCAGAGAAUGUGGGAAAGCCUUCAGCUGGAGCUCAGGCCUUAUUCAGCAUAAGAAAAUUCACACUGGAGUUAAAGGUUAUGAAUGUAAUGAAUGUGGCAAGGCUUUUGGUAGAAGCUCUAUCCUUAUUGAACAUCAAAGAAUUCACACUGGAGAGAAACCUUAUGAAUGUAAUGAAUGUGGAAAGUCCUUCAAUCAGAGCUCAGCCCUCACCCAGCACCAGAGGAUCCACACUGGGGAGAAGCCUUAUGAAUGUAAUGAAUGUAGGAAAACAUUUAGACAUAGGUCAGGCCUUAUGCAGCAUCAGAGAACUCACACCAGAAUUUAACUGUGGGUAAUAGUUGUGCAACAGUGAAAAACUAGGAAUUCACUUUGUUGGGGGGGGGGUGGUGGUUGGAGGGGUGAGACUCCACCAGAAGUAGAAGUUUCCUGAGAACAAAGUUCCUGUCCCUCCAGUCCAGUUCAGUGCUGUAAGUGGUCCACACAUAGAUGUUUGUUAAGAUGGAUUGAAGUGAUAAGUGGAAGAAAAAUUUCAGCCUGGUUUUCUCCAAAAAAGAAUGGUAAGUAUUGUCUAGAAAUGCCUAACUAAUUUCUGGAUGAGGACCUUCAUCAAUAUCUCCCUUAUCCCAACCCUGAUAUGACUGUUGUCAGGCACCUUCAUAGUAAGUUCAGGAUUGGGGCAGGGAUCCUGAAAGAGCUCUUUAUAUGAUGGACCAAGAGGUAAUCCUUACAUGGCAAGGAUCUUUGCCUGGCAAGAGCAUUAGAACAUUUGGCAGAUGGAGGAUUAUUCAGCUAUCUGAAUUGAGAUGGUGAAAUGUUGACUUGUACCCUGUGUCAGUUUAACAGUGUCUGAGGUCAAUAGCUCAUUCUACCCCCUUGCCAGUUCUCUCCUCAGCGCUAAGCUUCAAGCUGAGAUCAACUUUUUUACUGUGCACCUUCUAUGUGCCAGGCAUUUGGGGAAAGACAUGGUCAUUUCCCUCCCAGAGUUGAGGGACAGAGGGGUAUACAUCUUUAUUAAACAGGUAAUUACAGUAAAGUAUGUUAAGUGUUUUGGAAGGAUAAAUCCAGGAUUCUGUCAAAGGAUAUGCCAGGACUAUCUAUUCUGGUCUAUAGUUACUUAGACUACCAGUAUAUUGCUGUAUGUAUUAAGGCUUCCUGUAUGUAAAAUCUCAGUUGAUACCUAAAAGGUGGCUAGAGGUUAGCCAGGUCAAGGGUAGAGGGGAAGAGAACAUUACAGGCAAAGAUCAUAGCAUUUACAGCAGCAUGAAGAGGAUCUGGAAACAUCCCUUCAUUAGGGCUCUUCUCUGGCAGAAAUUUGCUCCUGUAUACCCUACUCAGAAGCCAGAACAUGCUUUGGGCUGUAUUCCUGUCUUCCUACUUAUGAUCACUGAAUUAGGUGGUCUAACCUGGACCCAGAAUGACCUAAGAGACUUUGAGGUACUCAGAAGAAUCAGUGUUAUGUAAGACUCUGGUGCAUCUUAUGGAUAUGGGCAUGCAAGAACACCAAAAAAAGAAUGCAUACUGUAGGCUAGAGGAUCAGUGGGGACUGGGAGUGUUUGUGUUCCACAACUCUAGGGCCCAGGAAAUGGGAAGGUCACAAGAACACUCCACAUGACUUUCCAUGUACUACUAAUCCCCAUUUUUUGUGCCCCUCAUCAUCAGGCCUGUAGACCAUAAGCUACUUGAGGGCAAUAAAUAUUUGAGUUACUCCCACACAUUCAAAACUGUACUUCUCUGCUGAUUUUUAUUUUUGGCAGUUUUAAUUAACCCACAAUUACUGAGGUUAAUUAAUACCUAGGAGAAAAGUUUGAUUCCUAUUCUAAGAUGUCAUGAUUUCUCUUACAGAUAGUGUCACUUCUGAAGAAGACUUGGUGAUCACAGCUGUUGUGGAUAAUAGGGGAGGUGGAAAUUGCAGGGAUAGUCUUUUUGUGCAAAGUUGGUGGGACUGUCAUUGAGUGAGGUUAUUCUGAAGUCUAGAGAUACUUCAAGUGGGGAGUAAGUUGCCUUUCCCUAUAGAUGACAAUUAGAUGAUUUAUUUUUAGUAUCACUCAAUAAUUACUUUUUUUUCUUGGUUGGAAAUUAUAAACAUUGAUAAUACAGAGAAUGAGAAAAGUAUAAUACAUCCUCAUUCCCACCUCCUAUAGGAAGAAACACUGUUAACAUUUUGGACUACUUUCUGUUUUGUUAUUUUUCCCCCACUGUAGCAUUUUUGGUAAAAAUCUUUUCUCGAUUUUAACAUUUAUACUUUUUUGAGUAUAUACUUCAACCAUUUAGUACUAGAAUGUAAUGCAAGAUGUGUAGUAAUAAAAUUUGCAUUUUAAACUUUUGCCUUGAAAGUUUUCAUUCAUGAAUAAGGAGCACAAUAGUAUGAGUAGAGAUGUGCUUAGAGAUGGGGAAGGAUCUGGGAAAGAAGUCAGGGAAUAAUGUU